AAAUAGGAGUAGAAAAAGUUCAAGCAAUAACAUAUAGUGCAAGCGCAAUUUCAAGUCUAACUGACAAUCAGAUUCGAGAUAUUAUAAACUGUUUUCCUAAAAAUUCUAAUGUAGAUGAUUCUUCCGUUAAAUAUCAAGAAAUGAUCAGCGUUACAAAUUGUAACGCACAAGUGACUGAACCAUCUAACUCAAACGAUAUAUCAACUACUAAAGUGUCUCAUAUCUCUAAUUCAGAAAAUAUGAUAAAUGGGAAAGUUAAGACUAAGGUUAAUGCUGAAUCGUCAUGUCCAAUAUGCAAGUUAAAUAAUGAGGAUGAGGAUGGUAUAAGUGGAGAAUAUAAAAAUGGAUCAUACUAUAUUAAAU